AUGACUGCUCUCGAGGACGGUGAAGGUGCGCACUCGGCAGUCGCCGGGUGGCUGCCGCGGGUACUGGCUCCGAGGAACCACUCCAAGACUUACAAGGUCCCCCGUCGCCCCUUCGAGAAUGCCCGUCUCGACGCGGAGCUGAAACUCGCCGGCGAGUACGGUCUGCGCAACAAGCGCGAGAUCUGGCGCAUUGGUCUCAUCCUGUCCAAGAUUCGUCGUGCCGCCCGUGAGCUGCUCAAGCUCGACCCGAAGGACCCCAAGCGUCUCUUCGAGGGUAACGCCCUCAUCCGUCGUCUCGUGCGCAUUGGUGUGCUCGACGAGACCCGCAUGCGUCUCGAUUACGUGUUGUCCCUCAAGAUCGAGGACUUCUUGGAGCGUCGGUUGCAGACUCAGGUCUUCAAGGCUGGUCUCGCGAAGAGCAUCCACCAUGCCCGUGUCCUGAUCAGGCAGCGACACAUCCGCGUUGGCAAGCAGAUUGUCAACGUCCCCUCCUUCGUCGUCCGUCUCGACUCUCAAAAGCACAUCGAUUUCGCACUCACCUCACCAUACGGUGGUGGCCGCCCCGGUCGUGUCAAGCGCAAGCGCGCUGCUGCGGCUGCCAAGAAGGAGGAGGGCGGCGAGGAGGAGGAGGAGUAA